AUGGAAUCAGCUCCGCCAACAGCUAUCGAUGUAAUCGAAUUAAGCAUGGCACUCAGUAAAGGAGCGGUUAAGCCUUCAAACCCUGACGAGAAGAAGGAAACACAGGUAGAAUCAUCCGGAAAGACCAAAAGGAAGCUCACGGACUCCCAGGAGGAUACCCGAACGAAUGACGAGAACAAAGCCAAAAAGAAAAAGGAAUACAUGGGCGUCCUACCUAAGUGCGAUAACUGCCCAUUUCAUCACGCUGGGCCAUGUAGGGAUGGAAGAAGUAAUGUCUGCGACCAAGUAGGGCAUGUCAAGGAGACGUGUCAGAAUGGUACGGGACAUGGAAACGAAGGUCAAGAUGGUGAUGGAAAUCACGAAGGAAACAACGGCAACAAUGACUAUCGAAAUAGGGCCAAUGAUGAACAAAAACAUAUUCGAGGUUGUUUUGACUAUGGGGACAAAGGACAUUUCAAGAAAGAUUGCCCUAAUAAUAAUCAAGCCGAUGAUAAGAUUUACUUGGGAACUAAGCCGAAAUGUGAAAAGUGCAAGUUUCACCAUGAAGGUCGGUGCAAGAAGCCUAAGUGCGGUAGAUGUGGAAAGUGGGGACACAACAAGGAUGCCUGUUGGGCAAAGAGUCCCAUAAAAGGAGGAAGUGGUGACAACUACCAAGGCAGAAAUAAUAAUGAUAAGGUUCCGGGCUGCUAUAGAUGUAGAAACGUGGGGCACUUUAGAAAAGAUUGCCCAAGGAGAAGUAACCAAGACCGUGAAGGAGCCUCCAACAUCAGAACUCGUGAAGCACGCCAGGAUCCAGAUGUGGUUGCUGGUACGUUCUCUGUCAACCAAAAUUUUGCAUCUAUGUUAUUUGAUACCAGUGCCGACCAUGGCUUCGUAUCUCAUGAAUUUAAGAAUAUACUUGGUUUAGUAAAAGGAUAA